UGUAACACUCUGAGUUAUUGUGUGGCACUACACUAUAUUGCAGGCAUACACAAACACUAUAAGAUUUUUACAUAACAACCUUGAAUGCAAUUUGAGCAGACACCCGCUAAUACCCGCCUACUUAACCUCACUUUGCAGCCAAUCACAUAGACACUGAUUCACGACAGGCUAAGGACUACCCACAUGGGGGCCAGCUUAGGCACAGAAAUAAAAGUUAGAGGAGAAAGGAGAUCUGGGCUCUUUGUUCUAGGUGUUUGCAUGUAAUAUGGUUCAAAGAUCCCCAGUGCUGUUAGAUGACUCUCUGUAUCAGGGUUUGAACUUUUUUCAAUACAACAUCUAAACUUUGAAGUCUAUUUCCUGUCCAAUUCACCACGAUAAAGGAACCUAACACAGUUGUUCCAGAAUUCUUUGUGAUUUUGUGACAUUACCGUGCUGCUGUCGGCCCAUUUUUAAUAUAAAAUUGCAGGAGGGAAACUAUUUGCUUUGUGCCUUUUAGUAGCAGGUGGAGACUGAGGUCCUUGUUGCUGAGGUCCGAAACUAGCGUUUAGUUCACACAGGUGUCUUUUGUAGGUUUUGUCACCAAUGAGGCUACACGUGUUUCCAACUUGACAUCUUGACAUAAUUAUUAAUUGUGGACUUAUCAAUUUGAAGAAAUAAAGAACAAUUGUGGCUGAGGUUGCAUGCUGUGAUGGCAGCAAUGCUUUCUAGUUGCAGUUCCCCUGUUCUACCAAUUGAUGCUGUACGUACGCACAGUCAGACCUGUUCAUAUUUUUAACACUCACUCCUAAGUAUCAGUAUAAGUUGCUAAAUUCAACAUUUUGCAUUGAAAUGUUUGUAUUCAUGGUUUACUUACAAUUCUGUGCGAUUGAGCUGUUGCUAAUUGACGCCCCUGGCGUAAGGAUCACGUGGUUAUUUAUUUGUCUUCAGGUUCCUGUUGCCAUCUCCAACCUGACCGUACGUCUGUUUUUGGAUAAAAAUCUUCUCAUCUGUGUUCCAGCCAACUCAUUCUUGGACCUGCGGCUGCUUGCUGAGCUCGAUCUCUCGCACAACCAGAUCUCCUUGCUGGAAGCCGGCUGUUUCAGUGGUUUGGACUCCCUCCAUUUCUUGGACCUGUCAUCCAAUUGUCUGACAACGUUGGACCCGUUGGCGUUGGGCGGGCUGCGAGUGCACGCUAACCUCACAUGUAACGCGUGGCACUGUGACUGUAAACUGCAGGUGUCGAUGCUUCAGUUGGACCUGGAUCUGGCCUCACUGGCAAAAGUUGUGUGUUUAUCUUCUGAUCUUCCCAAUCUGGGUAUGUUGCGACUUCUCGACCAUUUGACAGUGUCAUGGGGCAUCCAGAUAGUGCCAAACCAUAAACCAUAGUGAAAGGGUAUUAAAAUCACACAGCAGCUUGAGUUUGUGACACAAAAGAAAAUAUUUAUUAAAUAAUAGAUGUAAACAAUAAAUAGCUCAGUAGGAUAAGGAGUUGGUCUGUCCAUAUAUAAAACUGGGUUCAGUUCCCAUUGGUAUUACCUGUCUGUGUCUUUAGAUGAGGCAUUGUCUCAGUCCACCCAACUGGAAAUGGGUGCUGGUCUUGACUGGGGAAGUAACCUGCACUGCACUGGCGUCCUAUCUAAGGGGAGUCAUAGACUCCCAUCCACUUCAUGCUGUUGAAUCUGAGGACAACAAUGGGUCUUAGUGCCUAGAUAGGACUCAGUGAAAUACAAAAACACAAGCCAAAAAUUCCACUGAUAAUUUCUGUUCUUUUUUUUAAAUACGAAGGUUAAAGGACAAAUUAGAGAGGAAUUUGUCUGAAAUUCGUAUUAAGUCUUGUCCAAAUAGAAGCUCGAAUAGUGUCAAUAGUGUUCAGCCAUCUCAUUAUGCAAAUGUGUAAUUUUAACCAGAUGUUCUGACUGCAGAAUCACUAAACAUUCAAGAUAAAAAAAUCUGUCAACCUAUCAAUCACCUAUUAUUCAAAAUCCAGUCUUCCAUGUGGACUGCAGGGGCUGCUGGGAUGCCAUUGGUCCUGCUGAUUGAGGAUUGGGAUCUGUGUCUGUCUGUGAGGAAGUCCACUGAUGUGCUGAUGCUGGUCAUCAUGUUCCUCUGGUUCUGUAUGCUCAUCUCCUACCUGCUCUACUAUGUCCGGCAGAACCAGGAACACUUCUGCCGGCACAUGGCAUACCUCAAGCUACUACAGAGCCGAGAGACAUAAUCACCCGGAGGCUCAAUAGUACCACCUCCACCUGGAUGGAGAACUUGUCCUGUUUAGUGCGCAGCAGGAAUCCAUGUAUGUACAUGAUGUGAUGGCUUAGAUCUUUGAUCAGGGAUGGAGAACAGUGUAAAAACAGCAAGGCUAUUGCUGAAAGAGUGCACAUCCUGUCCAAAGUGAAAGGGUAGCUACCCUGCCUAUAGUGAAAGGGUCCCCAUCCUGCCCAUGGUGAAAGUGUCCACAUCCUGCCCAUUGUGAAAGAGUCCAACAACCUGCCCAUUGUGAAAGUGUCCACAUCCUGCCCAUUGUGAAAGAGUCCACAUCCUGCCCAUAAUGAAGGGGCCCACAUCCUGCUUAAAGUGAAUGGGUUCACAUUCUGCCCAUGGUGAAAGGGUCUCCAUCCUGCCCAUAGUGAAAAUGUCCCCAUCCUGCCCAUAGUAAAAGGGUCUACAUCCUGCCCAUAGUGAAAGGGUCCCUAUCCUGCCCAUAGUGAAAGCGUCCCUAUCCUGCCCAUAGUAAAAGGGUCUCCAUCCUGCCCAUAAUGAAAGUGUCCCCAUCCUGCCCAUAGUGAAGGGGUCCACAUCUUUCCCAUAGUGAAAGUGUCCACAUCCUGGCCAAAGUGAAGGGAUCCACAUCCUGCUCAAAGUGAAUGGGUUCACAUUCUGCCCAUAGUGAAAGGGUUCCUAUCCUGCCAAUAAUGAAGGGGAUCACAUCCUGUCCAUAGUUAAAGGGUCUCCAUCCUGCUCAUAGUGAAAUUGUCCACAUCCUGCCCAUAGUGAAGAGGUCCACAUUCUGCCCAAAGUAAAAGUGUCCACAUCAUGCCCUUCGUGAAGGGGUCCCUAUUCUGCUAAUAGUGAAAGUGUCUCCAUCCUGCCAAUAGUGAAGGGGUUCACAUCCUGCCCAAAGUGAAGGGGUUCACAUCCUGCCCAAAGGGAAAGUGUCCACAUCCUGCCCAAAGUGAAAGUGUCCACAUCCUGACCAUAGUAAGAGUGUCCACAUCCUGCCCACCAUGAAAGGGUCCACAUCCUGACCAUAGUGAAAAUGUCCACAUCCUGCCCACCAUGAAAGUGUCCACAUCCUGCCCAAAGUGAAAGUGUCCACAUCCUGACCAUAGUGAAAGUGUCCACAUUCUGCCCAAAGUGAAAGUGUCCACAUCCUGACCAUAGUGAAAGUGUGCACAUCCUGACCAUAGUGAAAGUGUCCACAUCCUGCCCAAAGUGAAAGUGUCCACAUCCUGCCACAGUGAAGGGGUCCCUAUCCUGCACAUAGUCAAAGUGUCUCCAUCCUGCCCAUAGUGAAGGUGUUCAAAUCCUGCCCAGAGUGAAUGGGUUCACGUGCUGCCCAUACCGAAGGGAUCCACAUUCUGCCCAAAGUGAAAGUGUCCACAUCCUGCCCACAGUGAAGCGGUCCAUAUUCUGCCCAAAGUGAAAGGCUCCCCAACCUGCACACAGUGAAGUGGUUCCUAUCCUGCCCAUAGUGAAGGGUUUUCAUUCUGCACAAAGUGAAAGGAUCCCCACCCUGCACAAAGUGAAUGGGUUCACAUCCUGCCCAUAGUGAAAGGGUCCCAUCCUGCCCACAGUGAAGUGGUUCCUAUCCUGCCCAUAGUGAAGGUGUUCACAUCCCGCCCAGAGUGAAUGUGUUCACAUUCUGCCCAAAGUGAAAGUGUCCACAUCCUGCCCACAGUGAAGCGAUCCACAUUCUGCCCAAUGUGAAAGGCUCCUCAUCCUGCACACAGUGAAGUGGUUCCUAUCCUGCCCACAGUGAAGGGUUUUCAUCCUGCUCAAAGUGAAAGGAUCCCCACCCUGCCCAAAGUGAUGGGGUCCCCAUCCUGCCCACAGUGAAAGGAUCCCUACCCUGCUCAUAGUGAAGGGGUUUCCAUCCUGCCCAAAGUGAAUGGAUCUCCAUUCUGUCCAGAGUGAAGGAGUCCACAUCCUACCCAAAGUGAUGGGGUCCCCAUCCUGCCCACAGUGAAAGGAUUGCUACCCUUCUCAUAGUGAAGGGGUCUACAUCCUGCACAAAAUGAAUGGGUUCACAUCCGGGCCAUAGUGAAAGCAUCCCCAUCCUGCCGAAAGUGAAGGGGUCCACAUCCCGCCCAAAGCAGUAGUGGGCAUAACUAACCAAAAACCUAGCUCUGAUAACCAGUAAUCAACUAACUAAAAAGUUAUCUUUUAUAAUGCUAAACUGAUAAA